CAGAAUUAUCCACUCUACUUUAAAACGAUACACGAAGAUGACGACCUAAACUUUUUCUACACCGUUCACACAUCCCUAGACGUCAUAGAAGAAAGAAUGACGGUGAACGUUCACAAGAACACAAACGAAAUGAGGGAGCCGUACUUGGGAUUGCUCUAUCCCACUGAGGAUUACAGAGUUUAUGGUUAUGUGACUAACACGAAGACCAAAUUCCUCAUUCUGGUUGAUUCGGGCAACAACAACUUACGAGACAACGAAAUUAAAAUGAUGUUUCGACAGUUGCACAAUGCGUACGUUGAACUGAUGAGUAAUCCAUUCUAUACCCCUGGAGAAAGCAUUACUUCCAAG